AUGACGUUGCGAGGGGAUCAGGGCUUCAUCGAAGCAGGCCCUGCUUCGAAGCCGAGCCUCACUGUCGACACUCGAAUCCCCUCCAAGUCCAGGCUUGCCAAUGACUUCACUCAAAGUGCACCUGUGGGCACUCGUCAGGAGAGAGGCAUCCAGCCAAUGUACCAAGCAGUUGAUCGGCACUGCGCAAAGCUCGCCGAGAUGAUGAAUUCACCGACAUGGCGCAGUCAGAAUCCAGAGCCCGAAACCAUCAAUGUCAUUGAGAUUCAUCCCUUUCCGCAGACCCCAGAGGCAUCAGACAGUACUGUGAUCAUCUCGGCUUCAGUAUCUAUGGAUCCUUGUCGUCGUAUUGAGACUUUGCUGAAGGACUCACAAUCUACCUUUGUCAAGAAGCAGCAGCUCGGCGUUCAAAGCAAGUCUGAUGAGGAUUUGUGCGUUCUUGAAGAAGGCCUGCAGGAGACUUGCCUCAACAAUCCUACUGCGAUCUCACAAGAUUCUCCACCACCAGACGGUGCUUCGGAAGAUGCCCGUGCGGUCUCAGAGGGAAAAGGACAAAAGAUGGACAACGACUGCGUGGAGCAUCCGGAGCAGGGCCAAGCCGUUGAUGUGAUCAACAAGAAGCCCUCUUCUCCCGGCCGUCACGUUCAGACUAAGCAGGACGAAGAUCAGCGCUUCAAAGAUUUGCUUGAUCGUCUCCACCAUCGGCGUGUUGAGGAUCCGGCUGAGGCUGCUGCAAUGGCCGAUCCAGCCAUCAUCUCUUUGUGCUCCAUGAAGUCAGACCGGCAGAUUACAUUCAAGCGAAGCAAGCACAUACAGUCGGACUCUGGAUAUGCGUCUUUGUCAGCCUCAUCUAGACCUCCCACCCGCACGCAGUCCAGGCUCGACAGCCAGGGUACUUCUGAUGACAUUGAAUCAGAGACUGUCUUCAGGCGUGAGAACAGACAGUCCAAUGAGUCUGGAUCCGAAAGUCCCUCAAAGUAUUCAACCCUCAACCCCGCGGCCAGAGAGUUCUCAUCAGUUGGAAUUAAUAGCGGUUCACCAGGCAAAGCAGGCGUUGUCACUCAGGAUCCCCUUUAUAACAAGCUUUUCCAAUCGGCGCAGGGAUACCAGAGUACAAAGGGCUGCAUCUCGCCGCCUGGAUUGGUUCAUGCAUUUCAGCCUCCUCCUGGAAUUUGGUUGCCUCCUCUGGCUGUCCCCAGUCCUAUGAUGUGCUUCCCACCAUCCAUACAGCAAACCCCUUGGCGACCGGCUCCAGGAAUACUGCCUUAUGCUAAUAACUUUGCUGGAACACCUCCUCCACCUCUGACAGGAUGCAGUUCGAAUGGCCUUGGACCUUGCGCUGGCGUGGGCGUUGCUCCGGGAUUACCUCAAGGGUUUUCUCAAGAACUGAUCCCACCUCCUCCUACGCUCGUUCGUACCACAGGACUUGCUCCUGCGCCGAGCAUGGCCCCGACUGAUUUCACUGGGCCCUUCCACCAACAACUUCCUAACUUGGUGCCAUCGUGCAACAACCCAGCCCAUCAAACAGCAGGGGCAGUCAAUGCACAGCCAGUUCUGCAUGCUGGAACCGCGGGAUUCCUGCCCCAAAAUCCUAUCGACCCGGUGCUGCCUGCCACAGCCGCAAUCCCCUCCUCUUCUGGAGCUGCUUUCAUCCCCAAGCAUGUGCCCAAGCCCAAAGUUCCAAAUACUACGGGUCAACAGAACUGGGAGCUCAUGCACGAGCUCCGAAGGAUGAACGAGCCUGGGUAUGCCCAGAAAUGCAAAGAGAAACAAAAGAAGCGAUUCAUGAAACAGCUCGAGAAGAGUGGCGGCCCGGCAGGCGGGAACUAG